CGCAGGGGAAGCGUCAGUGCGCACCAGCACCAACCCGCCUGGCAGCUGUAUUGCUUCGCUGUGAUUGGGUGGAGGGCGGCGAUUUCUCCUGUCACGAUUUUGUGUAGCUCCCACCGGAGGACACCGACCGUCUGAGUCCAGCCUGGACCGAGGUGCUCAGCGGAAGAAGAGAGGGCUGCACACCGGGAGGAGGAGCUGUCCUCUCAGGGGCUGCUUGGACACGCGACUCGGGAUUUGUGCUCCUGCGGGUGUCGGUGAGGAGAGGACCGGAGAGGAGAAGGAGAUCCCCGGUGCUGGAGCGACCAGCCGCCUUUCGUGUGUCGGAGCUGCGGUGCAAAGUCGUUCACGAUGCCGGUGUUCCACACCAAGACCAUCGAGAGUAUCCUGGAGCCGGUGGCCCAGCAGAUCUCCCACCUGGUCAUCAUGCACGAGGAGGGGGAGGUGGACGGGAAAGCCAUCCCGGAUCUCACGGUGCCGGUGGCCGCGGUGCAGGCGGCAGUCAGCAACCUUGUCCGGGUGGGGAAGGAAACGGUUCAAACCACCGAAGACCAGGUGAUGAAGAGAGACAUGCCCCCUGCGUUCAUUAAGGUGGAGAAUUCAAGUUCAAAGCUCGUCCAGGCAGCGCAGAUGCUAAAGGCAGAUCCAUACUCUGUUCCCGCACGAGAUUACCUGAUCGAUGGGUCCAGAGGGAUACUGUCAGGAACGUCUGACCUGCUGCUUACCUUCGAUGAGGCAGAGGUGCGUAAGAUCAUCAGAGUAUGUAAAGGAAUCCUGGAGUAUCUGACUGUAGCUGAGGUGGUGGAGACCAUGGAGGACCUCAUCACUUACACCAAGAACCUGGGUCCAGGGAUGACCAAAAUGUCGAAGAUGAUUGAGGAGAGGCAGCAGGAGCUGACGCACCAAGAACACAGACAGAUGCUGGUCAACUCCAUGAGCACUGUCAAAGAGCUGCUGCCUGUUCUCAUAUCAGCUAUUAAGAUCUUUGUUGCAACAAAGACCAGUCGGGGUGCUGGCGUGGAGGAGGCGGAGAGGAACAGAAAGUUCACCUUUGAAAAGAUGAGCUCUGAAAUCAACGAGAUUAUAAGAGUCUUACAGCUCACCACAUGGGAUGAAGAUGCAUGGGCCAACAAGAAGGUAAGCCUGUUUCUCUCCCCCUCUGCAGUUUCCAGCAUGCGAGUGUGUAUUUAUUUAUAUAUCUGUGUGUGAGAUCCAGAAAGGGAA